AUGUCCAUAUCUGCCUCACCUCUUUUUAACAUCUCAAACGAAACUGAAGACUUCCAUCACCAGUGGUGGGACUGGAUUACACUGCCACCAAAUAUAUAUGGGGCCAUUCGAUUUUUCUCCAUCAUCUGCCACUGCAUUACCUGCCUUGUGGGGAUUAUAGGAAAUGGGUUGGUCAUCUGGAUUGCUGGCUUUAAAAUGAGCUCAAUUAGUGCCAAGUGGUACCUUAACCUGGCAAUAACAGACUUUAUAUGCAGUGCCAGUGCUGUUGUACGUAUUGCAGAGUGGAUUUUGCUGGGUGAUUAUUUCUUGUGUUCCUUCAGUUUUUUUCUGCUCCUCCUUAACAUGCUCACUAGUGUUUAUUUCUUAACAGCCAUAAGUAUUGAUCGCUGCAUAUCCAUAAUGUGGCCGUUUUGGGCAAAAAGUCGCAGGACAAAAAAAUCAGCAACCACUGGUAUUGUUUUUAUCUGGAUAUUAUCUCUGCUCAUCUCAGUCAAAAUGCUGUUUUUAUUUGAAGAAUUUCAUGAUUUGUUGGAGUGCGCUCCCAAAAAAGGGGGUUAUUUUGUUGUCUACAAUAUUUCUAAGGUGGAGAAGUUUGAAGCUCUGAAGCAUCCAUUUCACAUUACUAGGUUUGUUGUAAUGUUUUUGUUACCGUUUACUAUUAUUAUCCUCUGUUAUGGCUUCAUCAUGUGCAAAGUGGCCACUCUGAGAAGAAAUAACCAAUCUCAACGGUCGCUGAAGAUCAUCGUUGCAAUCGUCACCUGCUUCUUCAGCUGCUGGUUCCCAUAUAACCUCUGGCAAUUUAUCUCAAUCAGGACACGUGAAGAUCACAUUGGUGUUGACUUGAUAAUAAGUUCUGUUUCAGUCUGUUUGGUUUAUACCAGCAGCUGCCUCAAUCCCAUCCUCUAUGUCUUCCUGGGAAGAGACUUUAAGAGCAAAUUGACAAGGUCCAUACCAAUCAUACUAAAAAAUGUAUUUAGUGAUCCUGAGGACAAAACGAACAGGGAAACAGGCCCUGCCGCUGAACUUAAUCGUGAGCUGGCUAUUUGA